AAACGGUGAUGCACUUCCGGCCCUGUAGUCUGCGCUUUGGUUUAGGGGUUCCCUGGGGGUGGAGUUUGCACCCAGUCGCUGUGGUCUGUCGUUUCGCCUGCAGAGCAGUCAGUGAGGCAGUGGGGCUGGUGAUGUCAGAAUUUCUGCUCGGGUCCGAGUUCGUUUUCUUGCAAAACUGAAGAAUGAGUUCAUGGACCGAGAUGCUCUGAUUUCCCAUCUGGAGCGAGGAAGCCCCCUGGUGCUCGCUCCCCAGGGAGCUCUGGAUGGAGAGAGCUCAAAGGGCAUGUCCUCAGCUCCUGAGACUUAACCUUUCCUCAAGACCUGAAUAAAAGAGGUCAGAUAAUGUCAGAAAAGUCCUUAACAGAUGGGCCCCAGGAGCUGCCAACUUUUGAGGAUGUGGCCGUGUACUUCACUGCGGAGGAAUGGGCCAGCCUGGCCCCUGCUCAGAGGGCCCUGUACAGGGAUGUGAUGCUGGAGAACUAUGCCAAUGUGGCCGCCCUGGCAGCACCACCCAGCUUCAAACCGGCUCUGAUCUCUCAGCUGGAACAAGGGAAAGAGCCAUGUUUCAUCGAGCCUCAGGGAGCCCUGAAUUGGAGAGCAGACCUUGCAGGAUACAGUGCAAAAUUAAGAAGAUGUAUGUACUUAGCUAAAAUGAUGUCAUAUGUCAUCAAAUUAAAAAUUCUUCAGAAUCAUCUCUUCUCGGAAGACAGGACAAAGGCUUAAUUCCUUACAUUUAAAUACCACUUUUCAGAGUAAGGAGUUGAUUUAAGAGCCAUCUGAAAUGAUGUCAAGUAUUGACACAUGCAUUUCCUAUAUUUCAUGUUUUUCACUCAUUAAAAUUAUUCAUGCUGAUAUACAAAA